CGGGCGGGACGCGCAUGGGCACACGGAGAGAGGCGGAUCCGGGGCGGAAGCGGCGGCGACGUAUCGUGCGCGGGGCCGGGAACUUCAGCUCAGGAGGAAGAUGAAAGAUAGCGUCCCUGAAGAACAUUUGUAUUUGGGUUUUUCUCAUCAGUGUCAAGAUAGUAUCUUUCCUCUUCAUACGUCUAUUUCACUCUUCUUGCUAUCCUACUGUGACUGCAAAUCAUUCAAAAUUUUCUUAGUGCCGACUAAUGAAAAUGCAAAUGAUCAGUUUGUGACAAAAAACCUCCUUGGAGAUCUUGAGGUCCAUUUAAUCUCCAAAUGUCAGCUUCCUAUGGUCGUGCAGAGCUGCUGUUUACCUGCUGUUGUCACGAAAGAUGGCAAGUUCUGUCGAGCUGGACUUUCUGUUGUCUUAAGACAUAUAAUACAGAAAACAUUCGAGGCAGAUCCAUCCAAAAAGAAUGUUUUGGAACUCCUAGGCUUUAAGAAGACCUGCUUAAAAGCCUGUGCAGAAGUUAGCCAAUGGACCAGACUCUGUGAGAUCAGCAUACCUCUGGCUGUUGAAGGAUUUUUGACGGCAUCUCCUGAGCACAGUCAGACUAUUCCUGCUGACAUUUUACAGCUUGAAAGAAAACUUGGAGAGCCUGUCCGAGUGCAUAACGAUGACAAAAUUCGAAGGCAAAAGCUUCAACAACAGAAGGCAGGUGCCAAGGCUGCAGCAGAGGAAGGGAAAACAGUAGAGGUGCAUGAACACCCACUUCCAAGUUUGGAACUGAGUGUAGCUUUCUCUAAGCUGCAUGUCCAAGAGGUAUCACGUGCAGUCAACAGAGAAGCCCCUCUCAUCAGGAGAACAAAAACGUCUGACCUUCCACCUUUAGACCACGUUUUUGCAGAGGGGCUUUAUUUUACCUUGGCAGAUAUAGUGCUUUUGCCGUGCAUCCAUCAGUUCCUGGUUUACAGCAAAAAGCAAGACAAAGAUCUGGUAAACUUACCCCUGAUCUCCAGCUGGUAUCAGAGAGUUCAGCAAAUACCUGGAGUGAAGAACGCAGCUGAUAAAUGCAAUAUGCAGCUUCUCCAGCUUCCAGAGUUGAUACCUUCUCCAGAGAAACACCUAGAAGACUUUUUUCCAGUUCCUGAUGAUUUUGAAGAGGAGCAUGAGAACAGUCAAUUUAUAGGUGGUCCAAGGCCAACUAUGACUAAGUUAAUGGAGCGGGGUAUUGAAGCGAAGUUUUCUCCUCAUCCAUGCCCUGACUGGACCAUAGACUGGACCAGCCUGCCAGCAGCAGUCAAUCCUGGAGAAGGAAAGAUGUCUAGAGAUCGAGCUCUGAGGAAACAGCAGCAGUUGAAUAACUUGGUAGCAGCAGUGAAAAAGCUUGCUAAGCCUGGAGAUGUGAUUGUGGAUUUCUGCAGUGGAGGGGGUCAUGUUGGAAUUGUUCUUGCUCACAUGAUGCCAUCAUGUCAGGUGGUGCUCAUAGAAAAUAAGGAGUUGUCUCUGAUGCGUGCUAAAGACAGAAGUGAUGAACUAGGUUUAAACAACAUUUCAUUUAUUCAAGCGAAUUUGGACUAUUUUAAUGGCACUUUUAACAUUGGGGUGGCUCUACAUGCGUGUGGUGUGGCAACAGACAUGGUGAUUGAACACUGCAUCAAGGCUCGAGCAGCCUUUGUCAUCUCCCCUUGUUGUUAUGGCUUCAUUCAGAACACUGUGAAGUUUAAAUAUCCAAGAAGUCAUCAGUUCAAGGAAAUUUUAUCCUACAAGGAGCACAUGAUCCUUUGUAGGUUUGCAGAUCAAACAGCUGUUCAUCUUCCACCUGAACGGAAGCUGAUAGGAAAGCAAUGUAUGGGGCUUGUGGACCUUGAUCGAGCAUGGGCUGCAGAAAGAUUUAACUACUCUGUUCAAGUUACAUCUAUGGAGCCAGAGAGCUGUUCUCCAAAGAACAAUAUGUUUGUGGGCACCCCAGUUUAGAGAAUGAAACUUGCACUUGAUUUGAAGUUGAUCAUAAAUCUUCAGUGCAUAAAAACAUACAGCAAAUACAAGCAUAGUUGGGAACCAGACAUCAUGCAUCUUGAACCCAUUGAAAAGUUUGGAAAAGGAAGCAGCAUAAGAAGUUUUAGAAAGUGAACUGCAUGCAGAGCAUUGCAAAUUGUACUUGUAAUGUGUCAUUAAGCAAACUUUUGGUUUUCAUAGUGAGAAGUUUCUCUAACAAUGGUCCAUAGAAUUGCAUCCAUCUGCAGAAGCUUAGAAAAAAGGGGAAGAAGGCUUAGAAGGGAAGGUUAUUUCCUUUUCAGUAAAGCUGUCUUGGCUGCUUCAAAAUUGCA